ACUGGGACUUCUGCGGGAGAACGAGCUGACUUUUGAGUCGACUCAAAAGGAACAUCGUAGUUGCGGCACUAGCAACACACUGGGAAUUCUCCGGGAGAAAUGCGGGACACGCGGAAAGCAUGCGGGGAAAGGCAGGGAGGUGAAGGUAGUACGUGGGGGGAGGAGAUGAGCUAUUCUCGACCCCUUUGACGCUUUUUCACACCUGUUGCGGCCAGAUUCUCGCAGAACGACGCUAAAAAAUAGGGCUAGUGGGGAGGAUAGGCGGCUCGGAGGGUUUGCGCUGGUGGCGAUUAGGAAAGACAAGGCGAAAACGACUGUGUAAUGUGGAUCGGACGGAAUAGAGCUAAGACGUAGGCCAAGUGUCGCGUUGUGGAUAAGGCCUGAAAGGGAGAACGAGGCGCAAGACGAGGGCGCAGGGCUGGAUGGCGAAGGCGUCGAGGGAACAGGUUGGAUCGCACAUCAGAGGCACGUAAGGGAAGGUGCGUAUUGCGGUUAAGAAGACGCGGGUCGGAUUGGAUUGUGAGGGAGGAUAGUAGGGAGGUUUUGAAAGGCGAAAGAAGGCAGGAGGGCGGAUCGGAGCGGAGGAGGGAGGAAGGAGGGAGAGAGUGAAAGGCAGAAUAGGACAGGCUAGUGGGAGGUGUGAAAUGCAAUCUAGAUGGAGCCUAGUAGUAGUUUGCCGAUUGCUUGUGGACCCGGCUGCACUGCGAGGUUUAGUUCACAGUUUGACCGGCUCAUGCAUCGUAGGGGUGGAGUCCACACGGAACCCGAGCAGGGAGAGGAAUCAUCAGAGGCUCCAACUUCCGCACGUGCCGGCAAACGCAGCCUUGUGGAUGAUCACCCUGUGGAGGAUGGGCCCGCUCCAGAAUUUCCAGGUAGCUUCCAUCCUAGGGUUGACCAUAUGGCUACCGGCAGCACCACGGAUCAUGCGGGUGAGCAAGACCCGAAAAAACCAGCCAUGGACACGCGGUUUUUUGUAUUCUGCAAGGAAGCAGGCUUAUCUCGCCCUAGAAUUAAGGAGUUGAUCGGGUUGAUGAGAGACACCCACAUAGACCCUCUCGAAUUUGAGAGCUUGGCGGAUUAUGACCGAUAUGAAGAAACACAAUCAGUGUCAAUAGGGCUAGAGAAGUUCAAGCAGACAAGUUUCAGAGAGCCUGGGGACAAAGAAGACAUCGUGUUGCACUGGAGGUCUGUGUGGUCAUGUGGUCGGAACAUGUACAGCCACCCUGCUAAUGCGGAGGAUUUUAUCGUGCACCCACUGCCUGUUGUUAAGGAGGAGGACAAAGUUUAUCGAGAUCCGGACAGUGGCACUUGGUGGCAGAUGGCACAAAAGGACUUGCCCAAAGGGGCGGUAAUAGCAGCCAUCAUAGUCUACUCAGAUCAGACUAACCUUGCAAACGAUGGGUCAGUCGUGGGUUGGCCUGUGUACGUGUCACUGGCAAACAUAUCCUCAUGCAACCGUUGGAAACCACAUGGCCGUCGGUUGUGCGCCCUACUACCGGUGAUGGAUGAGAAAACCUUGGCGCCUGGAAGUGACAUCACUCACAGGAAGCUGGAUGUGUUCCAUAGAGCCCUUGCGCUGAUCUUUGGGGACAUGAAGCAGUUAGGGGAGGAUGGGGAGAGGCUGCGGGAUCCAUUCGGCAUACCACGGAUAGUGCAUCCUCUGCUCUACGCAUAUGUGGGAGAUUAUCCAGAACUGUGCAAGGUUGCUGGCACGAAGUCUGGCCAUAAGACCAAUUUCCCAUGUCCGCGCUGCCUUGUUCAUAGAAGCCAGAUGUCGAACCUGGGAAUCAGAGUGCAGCACCGCACGGAGAUGGGGCAGAUUACUGGCUACCCUACAAUGAUGGCGUUGCCACCCGAGGGGCGAGUAGAGUCUGAGAAACUGAACAGUCAACACUUGGUGUGGGUGGGCAUAUGGGGUCUCCCACAUGGCAACACCUUGUGGGGGAACGUCUACAGAGGCAUGAUGUGUGACAUCAUGCACAUGUCAUUGCUGGGGGUCUUCAAGCAUAUUGUGGGUUGUUUAAGGGGCUUGUUCCCAAAGGAACGUGACAGCUUUGACCAGACGCUCUUGACGAUUACCGACUGGAGUCGGCAGUCAUUCUUCCGCCUACCAGGGAAGGGCAAGAAGUAUUUUGCCAAUGUCGGAAUCUUCCAGGCCUUCGAGCAUGCCGCUGUAAUGCAAGUGCUGCCGGUUCUUUUGCAGCUCCACAAGAAGAGUGCAGACAUUGUGCUCGCUGUGUCGAUGUACGUCUGCUGGCACAGCGAUGUGUGGUUGCGCCCGUACCACACUGAAGCCUCGUUGCGCCACCUGGAGCGUCUAACCAAGGAGCUUCUACCAAUGUUGAUCAAGCAAUUCGGCAGCAAGCAGAAGUCGGAAUUCAAUCUGCCCAAGGUGCAUGCAAUGCUGCAUGUUCCCGAGGACAUUCGCCGUGCAGGGCUGCCAGUGCAUUAUUGCACAGAUACGUAUGAGCACCUUCACAUCUCACUUGUGAAGAGGCCAUACAGAGGUAGCAACAAAAGGGAUGCAGAGGAGCAGAUCACACGACGGGCGCUGGCGGCGGAAUUGGUGGACGAGCUGAUGCGGACGGACGAGGACACAGAAGAUGGUACUGUCAGGGCAGUGGCACUACGACGGGCUUUGGAGACGGGCUCACCUGCGCUGACAGGACGUGAUGGCCAGACUACCCUAUAUUGGCCCAAAUCGCUCGUGAAAAAUAUGUGCUCGAUUUUGGAGCACCCGUGCGAAAACGAUCUAAGCCUGAAAAGGAAUUCAUGUGUAUGCGGGUGUGGGAUGGAUGGACAUGGUGUGUACUGUACGGCCGGCGAUGCUCGGGUGGAGCAGGCCGGGCAGGGCAGCGGACAAUGGCGGGAAAUCUUCGCACCUCGACGGCACGGGACGGAGAUGUAGUGUAGGUCCAUAUACACAACAGCACUUACGUUAUCCUUUUUAGCAACCAUAAAACCCACCUCAUGAAUGCAAAAACCAAUGCACAAGAAAUCAACAAAACAUAC